CCCGAGCCCGCGGGAACUCCGCUCGCUCAUCCCGGCAGCUCCAUCGCCCCCUCCCCGCUGGGCCGAGCCCCCCGCCCCCGCCGAGCCCCCCCCGGUUCUCGGCGUGCCGUGGUUGAUCCCUCCCUUCCCGGUGCUGCGCCGAUGGACUCUCCCAGCGCUCCCGGUGCGCGGCGGAGGCUGCGGCGGUAGCGCUGGUACCCGGGAGCUGCCGGCGCGCCGUUUCGCUGCCGGAGCAUCCUCUUUCCGUUAUCCCUUCCCGAGCAUCCUUCCUCGCCGGAGCAUCCCCCUCGCCGGCGCCGGGAAGGAGCUGGAGCGCGGCGAGGGCUGAGCCAGGUCCAGGCUGGCAUCCAGGGUCCUCCCACAGCCCGUUCCACGGAUGGGUAGCUCCAUCACCCCUCUCCCCUCACCCCGGGCCUGAGGGCGCAGCCCCCGACGCAGAGACCACCCCCCGUCCACCCGCAGCGCCCCGUGCCAGCCCAAGGGCACCAUGGACGAGUCGUUCCGGGACCGGACCGCGUUCAUCCGCGGCGCCAAGGACAUCGCCAAGGAGGUGAAGAAGCACGCGGCCAAGAAGGUGAGCCGGGGCAUGGACCGAGUGCAGGACGAGUACACCCGGCGCUCCUACUCCCGCUUCGAGGAGGAGGAGGAUGACGAAGACUACGCGCCCCAGGACGGCUACUACCGAGGGGGCGAGGGGGCCAACGAGGAGGAGGGGGUGUCCAGCGACGCCACGGAAGGCCACGACGAGGAGGACGAGAUCUACGAGGGCGAGUACCAAGGGAUCCCCCGGCAGGAGUCGCUGAAAGGGGGGGAGCGCCUGGGGGCCGCGGCGGCCGCCGGCGCUUUCGACGACGGCGAGGGGCAGCGGAGGAAGGACCGGGAGGAGCUGGCGCAGCAGUACGAGCUGAUCCUGCAGGAGUGCGGCCACGGCCGCUUCCAGUGGACCCUCUACUUUGUCCUGGGCCUGGCCCUCAUGGCUGACGGCGUUGAGGUCUUUGUGGUGGGCUUCGUCCUGCCCAGCGCCGAGAAGGACAUGUGCCUCUCCGACUCCAACAAGGGCAUGCUGGGCCUCAUCGUGUACCUGGGCAUGAUGGUGGGCGCGUUCGUGUGGGGCGGGCUGGCCGACCGGCUGGGCCGAAGGCAGUGCCUCCUCAUCUCCCUCUCCGUCAACAGCGUCUUCGCCUUCUUCUCCUCCUUCGUCCAGGGCUACGGCACCUUCCUCUUCUGCCGCCUGCUCUCGGGCGUGGGCAUCGGCGGCUCCAUCCCCAUCGUCUUCUCCUACUUCUCGGAGUUCCUGGCGCAGGAGAAGCGCGGGGAGCACCUGAGCUGGCUCUGCAUGUUCUGGAUGAUCGGGGGCAUCUACGCCUCCGCUAUGGCCUGGGCCAUCAUCCCCCACUACGGCUGGAGCUUCCAGAUGGGCUCCGCGUACCAAUUCCACAGCUGGAGGGUCUUCGUCCUCGUCUGCGCCUUCCCCUCGGUCUUCGCCAUCGGGGCGCUCACCACCAUGCCGGAGAGCCCACGCUUCUACCUUGAGAACGGGAAGCACGACGAGGCCUGGAUGGUGCUGAAGCAGGUCCAUGACACCAACAUGAGGGCCAAGGGCCACCCUGAGAGGGUCUUCUCGGUCACCCACAUCAAGACCAUCAAGCGGGAGGACGAGCUCAUCGAGAUCCAGUCGGACACCGGGACGUGGUACCGGCGCUGGCUGGUCCGAUGCCUCAACCUGUCCCAGCAGGUCUGGAGCAACUUCCAGCAGUGCUUCGUGCCCGAGUACCGGCGGGUGACGCUGAUGAUGAUGGCGGUGUGGUUCACCAUGUCCUUCAGCUACUACGGGCUCACCGUGUGGUUCCCGGACAUGAUUAAGCACCUGCAGAGCAUCGAGUACGCGUCGCGCACGAAGCUCUUCACGCGCGAGAAGGUCCGGCACUUCACCUUCAACUUCACCCUGGAGAACCAAGUGCACCGUGGUGGGGAGUAUUUCAACGACAAGUUCAUCGGGCUGAAGAUGAAGUCGGUGACGUUCGAGGACUCGCUCUUUGAGGAGUGUUACUUCGAGGACAUCACCUCCAGCAACACCUUCUUCAAGAACUGCACCUUCAUCUCCACCGUCUUCUACAACACAGAUCUCUUCGAGUACAAGUUCAUCAACAGCCGGGUGCUGAACAGCACGUUCCUGCACAACAAGGAGGGCUGCCAGCUGGACUUCAGCGACGACAACAACGCCUACAUGAUCUACUUUGUCAGCUUCCUGGGCACCCUGGCCGUGCUCCCCGGGAACAUCGUCUCGGCCCUGCUCAUGGACAAGAUCGGCCGCCUGCGCAUGCUGGCCGGCUCCAGCGUCAUGUCCUGCGUCAGCUGCUUCUUCCUGUCCUUCGGGAACAGCGAGUCUGCCAUGAUCGCGCUGCUCUGCCUCUUCGGCGGGGUCAGCAUCGCCUCCUGGAACGCGCUCGACGUGCUCACCGUGGAGCUGUACCCCUCUGACAAGAGGACGACGGCCUUUGGCUUCCUGAACGCUCUGUGCAAGCUGGCAGCCGUGCUGGGCAUCAGCAUCUUCACGUCCUUCGUGGGCAUCACCAAGGCCGUGCCCAUCCUCUUCGCCUCGGCCGCGCUGGCCCUCGGCAGCUCCCUGGCCCUCAAACUGCCCGAGACACGGGGGCAGGUCCUGCAGUGAUGGGGGGGCUUGGGGGAGAGGGGAACCCCCUCCUCGGUUGGGGGAACCCCCAAAAUUCAGCGUUUCCCCCUCCCCACCUUCCUCCUCCUCCUCGUGCCCCCGGGGUUAGUCGCGUUAGACACUGUGAAACGUCUUCUUGGAGCAUUUGGGAUCUUUUUCAUUUGCACUUGGACUUCCCCCCCCCACCCCCCCAAAAAAAAAAUCCCCCCUGUACCUCCAAAACCUCCAACUCCACCCCACCAAAAAUCCCAAAUUCCUCCCUCAAGCUCCAAUUCUCUCCCUCAGCUCCUCCCCCAAUUUCUUUUCUUGGUGUCACCCCCCUUUUUGUGAGUUGCUGCUCAUUCCUGGGGGGCUGUGGGGCAGGAUUUUGGGGGGUGGGGGGGCUGGCAUUGGGGGGGGGAGGGUGACACAGGCCCUCUGAACCCCCACAUCUCUGUGCACCCCCCAAAUCCCCGCUGAGCCAAGGAGCAGGAGGAUGAAGUGCCCCGUGCCUCAGUUUCCCCAUCCUUGUGAAUGGCACCCAGCAGGGGUCCCCAAACCCCCAGGGAUUUUGGGGGGAGGGCAGAGGAUAUUGGGGUGCAGAUCCCUUUUGGGGGGUGCAGAAUCCUUUUUGGGGCUGCUUAACAAUUUUAGGGUGCCCCCCCCCCCUUAAAGCACAUUUUUUGACCCCCCCCCACCCCAACCAGGAUACCCCAAUUUUUGGGUGCCCAACUUUCAGGGGUGCAAAGCACAGCCACCCCCCCCUCCCCCCAAAGCCAAAAAUCCUUGGUCUCAUUUGGGGUGCAGCAGAGGGGGGGGACCCCCAAAAACUGCCAGUUAGUGAUUUUUAACUGAUUUUUAAAGGAUUUUCCCUAUUAGAGGGAGGCUGGUGUGGGUGAGGGGGGGGUGCGGGGUGAGGGGGGGUCUCCUGCACCCUCUUUUCCUCCUCCCAACCCCCCCCAUCCCCUAUUAACCCCUUCCCCACCACAACACCCCCACUUUUCCCAUCCCCCCCACCCCAAAACCACCAGCGGUUUGCAAAGCACAAACAGCCCCUAACCCCCCCCCCCAAAAAAAAAAAAAAUCGGGGUACAAGGGGGUUCCCAGUGCUCAAAAGAAAUCGGGGUUCAGGGGAGGGGUCCCAGUGUUGUGCCCCCUCAAAACCUGGGGGGUUUGGGGGGGUCCCCCACGCUCUGCCCCCUUCCCACAGGGUUGUCAGAGCCUGGGAGCCCCCCCAGCCCCAGGGCAGCCCCCCCCAAUCCAAGCAGCCCCCCACCCCCGUGUGCUUUUGUCCCCUCCUUGGUGUAGCUGGUCCUGUCGUGCCGUGCUGUAGUUUCAGGUGUUUGUAAAUUAAUUAAAAUGGAAAAACAAACAAAAAAAUCCAAAAAAAAAAAA